GCGCAUGUGGUCGUGGGAGGUGCGUGUCGGCCGCUGCCACCGGUGCUCUCAGUUACCUACCCUCUUCCUCACACCACAACCCUACACCCACUUUAAUAAUCACCACUUUAUUGUAAAUGAUAACGUGCUUGAGAGAGACAUCACUAGUGAAAGCGUGUUUUUGUUUUGUUUGUGCCAGGGAGGAGGGAGCAGGCACCCCCAGGCUAGUGUGAGCGCCCCAGUACACAUUACAGGACAAAGUACUGUACCCGGUAGGCUGUAAUGGUGUACUGCAGGGUGCCUCGCCCUACUGUCACCCUCACAUCUUGAGACAAUGCCAUAAUCUUGGGCUCCCUGAGGCUCUGGCUGGACUCUUUACGUCCCAGAAUUAUUCAUCAUUUGAGUCUAGGGAACAGUGAGCCAUGAAUAAGGGAAUGUUAAAGCGGCUGCUGUCGGCACUGAUGUACGGCAUCUGCUCUUUCCUUAUUGUGGUGGUCAAUAAGACCGUCCUCACCUCCUACAAAUUCCCUUCAUUUCAAUUCGUUGCAUUGGGUCAGAUGUUCGCAACAAUCCUAGUUUUAUUUAUUGCCAAGAAAAUUAGAAUUGUGGAUUACCCAGAUUUCUCUCCAGAUAUUAUUAAUAAAAUCUGGCCACUACCUCUAAUUUUUCUUGGCAAUCUAAUAUUUGGCCUCGGCGGCACUAAACGUCUCAGUUUGCCAAUGUUUACAGUAUUAAGAAGAUUCUCAAUCCUUUUUACAAUGAUUGGUGAAAAAAUGUUAUUAGGAGUAAAUCCUCCAAUGGUUAUACAGCUGACAGUUUAUACAAUGAUCUUAGGAUCGGUAAUUGCUGCAUUAAAUGAUCUUUCCUUUGAUGCUGUGGGCUACUUCUUCGUGCUAACAAAUGAUCUAUUCACGGCGGGUAAUGGUGUAUAUGUGAAGAAGAAACUGGAGAGCAAGGAGCUGGGGAAAUAUGGCCUUCUUUUUUACAACUCAUUUUUCAUGCUGCCAUUUGCUGCAGUGUUCUGUUGGUUUAAUGGAGAUUUAGAUAAGGCUUUGGCAUAUGACAGAUGGGAUGAUGUCAUGUUCUUAAUGCAGUUCUUCAUGUCAUGUGUCAUGGGAUUCAUUCUGAUGUACUCAGUAAUGAUAUGCACGCAGUUCAAUUCUGCUCUCACCACAACCAUUAUUGGAUGCCUGAAGAAUAUAUUUAUAACGUAUCUUGGAAUGAUUAUUGGUGGAGAUUACGUCUUUUCUCUGUAUAACUUCAUCGGCUUAAAUAUUAGCGCACUUUCCAGCAUAUUGUUCUCUCUCGUUGUCUUCAUGCAGAGGACUGACUAAAUGUGCACGUCAACUUUAUCUUAAUGCGUAUUGGUGGCAGUAUAGUAUACUCUUGGGUAACAUUCACCAAAAAGGAUACCCAAAUACCAGAACAGCUGAAGCCUCUGACAUCCACCACUGUUUAGCUGAUUUUGUGUGUGGAAUAAAUUGCUGAACUGUUUUGUAAGCAUCAUGAGUGCCAUUAUGUAAAGGUUACACUCAGUAAUUCUAGAAUUGCUGUUUUAACAUACUGAAUGCUGAAUUUUUAUCAGUGUUAAAAACUAUGGAAAUAUUUUUAUUGACUGUACAGGGUAUUUUAUAUAUAUAAAGCUCCAAGCUGCAGAAGCUCCAAGGGCUGGUAUGCAAGACACAAUGCAGCAGAGAGAGAACCUCGCAUCCUAGUGGACCAAAACCCGGAUGACCCCGCACUUCGCCCAGAUGGCAUCACAAAAUAUACUCCUGGAAAAGGACCAAACAGCUGGUGUGGGACUAUACAUGUGUAUCCAACCUGGCUGACACCUAUAUACACUUUGUCGCUGAUCAAGUAGGUGGGGCGGCCAACGACAGAAAUAGCAAAAUCAGUCAAAUACAGGCGAGUGGGAGGACAAUAAUCCUUCGUUCCCAUAGCAUCCGAGACGCUCAGCCCCUGGGGUAGGAGUGCCUAGGGAUUUGUCAUAUAAUUGGGUUCUAGACUUGUUAGCAUCACCAGAGAUCCAAGGGCUGCCAGUUUCUUGUUU